ACUCGACCAUCCAGGAAGCUUAAUCGCGCGCUGCACAGGCUCGACCAGCAGCUCACAUAUUGUAACACAUUAAGACGUUUAGAUUCACAACAUGGCUUCAAGACGAGCGCUGCAUUUUGUCUUCAAAGUUGGCGACAGGACCAAAACAGCCACGUUCUACCGAGAUGUUCUGGGCAUGAAGGUUUUGCGCCAUGAGGAGUUUGAAGAAGGCUGCAAAGCAACUUGCAAUGGGCCCUACGACGGGAAGUGGAGCAAGACGAUGGUUGGCUUCGGUCCAGAGGAGGACCAUUUUGUGGCUGAGCUGACCUACAACUAUGGAGUGGGAAAGUAUCAGCUUGGCACUGACUUCCUGGGCCUCACUGUGCAGUCCAGCCAAGCUGUCAGCAACGCCAAGCGUCUGGGGUGGCCCCUCACUGAGCUGGGGGAGGCUCUGUAUCUGACCCAGGCUCCAGGAGGGUAUCACUUCUACCUGCUGGACAAGGAGCAGCCUCCUAGUGACCCUGUACUGAAGGUUUGUCUCGGAGUAUCAGACCUCCAGAGGUCAACGCACUACUGGACCACACUCUUAGGAAUGAAAGUGAUGGACAAGAAUGAGGAAAAGAAAACGGUGCUGAUGGGAUUCGCAGACACGCAAUGCAAACUAGAGCUUCGGGACAUCAGUGGAACGGUGGAUCAUGGAACAGCAUUUGGGAGGAUAGCGUUUUCAUGCCCACGGGCGCAACUGCCUGAUAUUGAAGCCUUGAUGAAAAAAGAAAAUCAGAAGAUUCUCACUCCAUUAGUCAGCCUGGACACUCCUGGAAAAGCCACAGUAGAAGUGGUGAUCUUGGCUGACCCAGACAGUCAUGAGAUUUGCUUCGUGGGAGAUGAGGCGUUCAGGCAGCUGUCCACGGUGGACCCCAAAGGAAAUGACCUCCUGGACAAGGCAAUGGCUGAAGAUAAGAGUGACGAGUGGUUUGCCAAGCACAACAGACAGAAAGCUGCAGCGUGAGGUGAUGGACACGGUGCAUCAUCAGAUGACUCAUCAGUUCACACCAUGAGGAGAUGCUGCACGAGGCUCUUGUAGCAUGUAACUUAUUGUCAUGUUAAUUUAAGUAUCCUGAAGCCGGCAGAAUGCUAUUUAUUUUCCUCUUGAAGAAUUCCACAAGGAGCUAUUGCACCGACAACAUUUCAAUUUGCUGGACAUUUUUCUAAUAAAUAUUGUAGCAAUCAAUGAUACAGAGUGGUGGGCUAAAGCACCCAUUUAAUGGAACUUAUUCGACAAAAUUCUCUUGGUGUGCUGAGUUGACAGUCUUUAUACACUCCUUCAUUCAGUAUCGUGCAGCUGCAAUGGUUUAGUCAUGUGGUUGAGUUUCAUUGAAUAUAUGUAAAAUCAAAUAAUGUCACAUUUGCUGGAAAUAAACCAUUUCUCAAACUUGU